UUCAGGUACAUGGGUCUUUCUGUUUCUCUCUGACCAUCUCCUCUAAAACCAUAUCCUUCAGAAACUUGGAUAUAUAUGAGUCUGAUAUUAGCCUCUCAAUCCAUAAACCCUUGAAACGAAAACCUCACAAAAGAAGUGUUCUUUUCGAUUUAUUUUUUGUAAAGUUGAGUAAUUUACAACCCAAAUGUCCCACCACUCCUCUAUUUUCCCUUCUUGCUUCUGUCCCUCCUCAACCACCGACGACGAAAUUCACCGGCUUCCACCAAUGCACCCACAGUCGGUUUUCCCCUCCGGCAACUCCACCGUCAACACCUGCCUCUACCAGACCGAUCUUGGGAUCUUUUCUGUUACCUGGUCCCGCACAGUACUUGGCCACUCACUCCACCUCCACCUUCAUCCACUUGAUUCCGCCGCAAAUGGUGGUUCCUCUCCCCUGUCUCUCUCCGACCCACUUACUAUCUCUACCCUGUCUUUUCAUCUCCGCAUCAAGCCCUUCUUUUUCUGGAAAAAACAUGGAUCCAAGAAACUCCAUUUUAUCAACCAAGAAAACAAGAAGACUAGAAGACCAACAGUUCAAAUCUUUUGGGAUCUUAGUAAAGCAAAGUUCGGAUCCGUACCCCGCCCAGAACCUCAAUCUGGGUUCUAUGUAGCCGUGGUUAUUGACGGAGAGAUGACGCUCCUCGACGGUGACUUGACCAAGGAAGCUUAUUCCAAGACCAAAGCGAAAAGGCCGGAAAGAAAUCAAGGUCUUGUUCUACGAAGAGAACAUUUGUUCGGAAACAGAGUUUACACUACAAAAGCUAGAUUUGGGGGCAAGAACAGAGAAAUUUCGAUCGAUUGCAGUGUCGACAGUGACGCCAGAUUGUGUUUCAGUGUUGAUAACAAAAGGGUUUUGUUAAUUAAGCGUUUGAAGUGGAAAUUUAGAGGAAAUGAGACGAUCGAAGUAGAUGGUGUGCCUGUGCAGAUCUCGUGGGACGUGUACAAUUGGUUCUUCGACGAGUUCAAAAGUGGUCACGCUGUGUUUAUGUUUAGGUUUGAAGAAGAAGAAGAAGAAGAAGAUAAGAAAGAAAUCGAAGCCUGUGGUGUUGAAGGGAAUGAGAAAAACGGCGUCGUUUCUUGGCGGCAAAAUUUGGAGUGGAGGAAGAUGAGGAAGACCUGGUUGAUGACUGCGAGGAGCUCGUCUUCGUCGUCGAUUUCGAUUUCGAUUUCUUCAGCGUCGAACUCUUCUGGCUGCAGCUCGUCGGUGAUGGAGUGGGUGGACUCGGAGGAGACCGAGUCAAGUGGGCCCAACAAUGGCUUCUCGUUGCUGGUUUAUGCAUGGAGGAAAUGACGACAUUAGUGACUUCUUCUCUAACCUAUUAAACGAUGUCGUUCCCCGAAUGUGCUUUCUAACCCAAUUGUUUUUUUAAUCGACAUAUUGUAAUCAAGGAUUCUUCGUCAUUGUAAUUAUGAUUAUCUAUUCUAGCCAUUGAUGCAGAA